AUGGGGACUUCCCACUCCAUCGGGGGAACCGCCACGAGCGGUCGUGGCCUCACUGGGCGGCAGGUUGCCGGAGCACUGACUGCUACUGCCGAUGCUCAACUGCAGAGUCAUCGUGAUCGUUUGAGGGCGGAGGAGAAUUCGCCCUUUUCUAGACAGCGCACCGUAAGUGGAGUCAUCCAGACGCUGGAGGAGCUAGGAAUUGAGAAGUACCAGGAGAGACGAGCACUGCGUUUUGAGGUCUCAAACAGUGGAGGGCAAAAGGAGAUGGUGGAGGUGCAUGAGUAUGCGCCAGAGGUGUUUCGUUUCCUACGGCAACUUGAUGGUUUUGAUGAGGAUAGCUUUGCGAACGAGUGGAAGCUGCCGGAGGAUCGGCUGGCCUUGGAGCUUGGCGAGGGGCGCUCCAUGGCACUUUUCCUCAAGUCCAAGUCAAUGGAUCUAAUGUGCAAAACAAUCGCGGAGGAGGAGGUGGAGGUGCUGCUGGGACUACUGCCGCAGUACACGGAACACCUUUCACGUAACACCAACACGUUGCUGACUCGCUUUUCGAUGCUCCUUAAGGUAGAGAGCGGCGCCGGAGUGGGGUUUAUUAUUUGCUUUGGGGACGUCUUUGCGUCGUGUCCCGCGUUGAACGAGAAGUGGGACCUGAAGGGUCGCAUACCAAAGCCCGGCAAGUACCAGCACUUCCUGAAGCUCAUCCAACGCCCGGGGGAGCCGCACCCGUACCUUAUUGAGACCCCGCGUGAAACCAUCAAUGUUCCUGAAUUGACGGGAUCGCUGGAGGGGCAGGUGGUGGUCGUCGCCGCCGCUGACCGCCACAAGCUGGCAACUCGCAAAGACAAGGACCUUACGCGUCUCUUCUGGCUGGAACGGCAAAAACGGAAGAAACUGAUUCAUGCCCUUUUGAAGGACUAUGAAUUUCUGGGCAACGCGGGAGUCAUGGACUACUCACUUUUGAUCGGUGUCACGUACAACGAGUCUAAAGUGUCGCGCUCCGGCAGGCAGAUACGUAGUAUGCGCAUGACGUUUCCAAUGGGCAGCGAGCCGACGCAGACUCUCAUGGAGAUUCGUCCGACGUCUCCACCGCGGGUGGACCAGGCAUAUCACGAGUUUAGCGCAGGCGUGAAUAGUUUAUACGAACAGGAAGUUUAUUAUAUUGGGAUUAUAGAUACGCUGACAAAAUACACGUGGAAAAAGAUGAUGGCUAACUUUUUCAAGUCCUUCCUGUGGAAGUCUGAAACACUUUCAACCAUUCCACCCAUGGAAUACCGCAAGCGCCUUUCAAAAUAUACCAAAAUUAUAUUUCCUGACGUCGACCCCACAAAUAACGCGGCCGCCUCCCUUUGA